AUGCGUGUCAACUCUAUUCAGCUCGCCCUUGCCGGGCUCGUAGCUGUCAGCAAUGCCGUGCCUGUCAAACAGAACUGCAACACCCAGAAGCCUAUCACCAAGCUUCAGCUCGGCCCACGUCCCUAUUGGCUGAUUGACAGCCUCGAGGACAGCCCUCUCAAGGCUGAGCUUGAACAGUGCAAAGAGAUGGAGAUGAAGCCCACCGCCUGGUCCAUCGGACACCGAGGCGGCGGCACCAUGCAGAUCCCGGAGCACUCUCGCGAGUCCUUCCUCGCUGGAACGCGAAUGGGAGCCGGCAUCCAGGAGUGCGAUGUUGCAUUCACCAAGGACCUGGAGCUCGUGUGCCGUCACUCGCACUGCGACCUGCACACAACGACCAACAUCGUCGACAUCCCCGAGCUCAACGCCAAGUGCACCAAGCCCUUCCAGCCUGCGGACCCGGCAACCGGCAAGACCGCCACGGCAAAGUGCUGCACCAGCGACAUCACCGUCGCCGAGUUCAAGACGCUCUGCGCCAAGAUGGACGGCUCCAACCCCAACGCCACCACGCCGGCCCAGUACCUCAAGGGCACGCCGGCCUGGAGGACGGACCUGUACUCCAACGAGUGCGCCAAGGUCCUGACCCACAAGGAGAGCAUCAAGCUCAUCGACAGCCUCGGGCUCAAGUUCACCCCCGAGCUCAAGACCCCCGAGGUCCCCAUGCCUUUCGCCGGCGACUACACCCAGGAGAGGUACGCCCAGCAGAUGAUUGACGAGUACAAGGAGGCCGGCAUCGCCCCCUCGCGCGUCUACCCGCAGUCGUUCCUGUACGCCGACAUCCUGUACUGGCUCAAGGCCGAGCCCGAGUUCGCCAAGCAGGCCGUCUACCUGGACGAGUCGGCCGACGCCCCCGGCGCCUUCCCCGGCGCCGUCGCGAACCUGACCCGGUACGCCGCCGACGGCGUCCCCAUCAUCGCGCCUCCGCUGCCCUACCUCGUGACCAUGGGCAAGGGCGCCGACGGCAAGGAAAAGAUUGUGCCUUCCGUCUACGCCACCGAGGCCAAGAGGCUCGGCAUGAAAAUCAUCGCCUGGACCGCCGAGAGGUCCGGCUGGGUUGGCAACGCUGCCCGGUCGGGCGACUACUACUACACGACCAUUGCAAACUACACCAAGAAGGAUGGUGACGCUUUCCAGCUCCUCGACGUCCUGGGCAGGGAUAUUGGUGUCCUGGGCGUCUUCUCUGACUGGUCGGCCACGGUGACGUACUACGCCAACUGCUUUGGUCUGUUCCCUUGA